AUGGGUGGAAGCCAUGGCGACGUCCAGCAUGACCCCAAGUUCACCAUCACAAGGGCCCAACAUCUGAACAACAUUUUCAUCGACGAGUAUAACAAGCUCAAAGAGGAGAACGAAUCGGCUCAGGGCCAACUCGACAACGCACUCAAAGCAUUGAAAGUCAAACGAGACCUUUUAAGUGACCUCACUCGAAGUCGGCGGCAUAUCCAGAAACUGAAAGCGGAGAAGGUCAUUCUCGAGAAGCAACGUGACGGUUUCCAAGAGAAGGCCGACCGACUUGGGCUAACAGAAAGGCAGCGCGACGGCAUCCCUGCGGAGCUUGCCGCCACCACUAAGGAGCGUGAUGAUCUCCAGAUGCAGCUUGCUGCCAUCAAGAAGGAGUGCGACGAGCUUCAGGUGGAAAACGACCUCCUUGCCACAAACGUCGCGAACCAGUUUUCUCCGACUUACAAUGGUUUCGAAGUGCUUCUGAAUAGCAACGACCAUCUCGACUCCGAUGGACAACAGGUUGAGGACAAUGGGAAGCCAAAGAGUGAGGAAGGCGACCACGGUCACAGAGUGGCAGCCCAUGAGGAAGACCAGCCUGCCGACGAACGGUACUCAACAUCUAGACCGUGA